AUGCGGCUGUCCCUUGGACUGACAGCGCUGCUGACACUGCAGGCGUCCUUCCUUUGCGCGCUUAGCCAGGAUACAGCCCAGGACCCCAAGCGCCCCUGGAUGCAGGUGCUGGACGCGGAGGCCCGCAUCUUCAUCAAUUUUCUGACCGAGGAGGAGUGCGACCACAUUGUGGCGCUGGCCAAGCCGCACCUGGAGCGGUCGGGUGUGGUGGACACCGCCACCGGCGGCUCCGAAAUCUCCGACAUCCGCACCUCCAAGGGCAUGUUCCUGGAGCGCGGCCACGACGACACGGUGGCGGCCAUCGAGGAGCGUAUCGCGCGCUGGACGCUGCUGCCCGUGGGCAACGGCGAGGGCCUGCAAGUGCUGAAUUACCACCCGGGGGAGAAGUACGAUGACUACUUUUUUGACAAGGUCAACGGGGAGAGCAACGGCGGCAACCGCUACGCAACCGUCCUCAUGUACCUCAACACUGUGGAGGAGGGCGGGGAGACGGUGUUCCCCAACAUCCCCGCCCCCGGCGGCGACAACGGCCCCACCUUCACCGAGUGCGCGCGGCGCCACCUGGCGGCCAAGCCCACCAAGGGCUCCGCCGUCCUCUUCCACUCCAUCAAGCCCUCGGGCGACCUGGAGCGCCGCUCCCUGCACACCGCCUGCCCCGUGGUCAAGGGCGAGAAGUGGUCGGCGCCCAAGUGGAUCCACGUAGGCCACUACGCCAUGGGCGGCGAGGCGGCGGUGCCCGUGCCGCAGCACCCCCAGAAGGUCGGCAACCUGCUGGGGUGCGAGGACGCGGACGAAAACUGCGAGCAGUGGGCCGCAAACGGUGAGUGCGAGAACAACAAGGUGUUUAUGAUUGGGACCCGCGACCGCCCCGGCAGCUGCGUCAAGUCCUGCGACGCCUGCCUGGAGAUCUACUCGGCUUCAGAGCAGGCCAGCACGCAGUAG